CCAAAGCACUUUGCUGGUCUUUAGCCAUUCCCUCUUUUUCUCUCUCUUUCAGAGCAAUUCUCAGACUGAGCAGAUCUGCCUGGGGGAAUCAUCAGAAAUAGAAGAUGAGUACAAGAAAGAAAGAGGACUGACUGAAUGGGCAGGCGGAGGGGUGGUGGAGGAGGAGCAACGUACAUCUUUAGACAGCAGAAGAAUGGCGCAUUCGAACCUUUGCUUGUAGCAGCAGGAGGCGGAGGGAAGGCUUACAUGAAAUAUCAGGAUGGCUCCCUGGAUGAUAUGUUCCUGGAACAGUAUGUGAACAGCACAGCAGUCCCUGGAGUCAGUGGGAGGACUGGGGCAGCAGGUGGAGGUGGUGGCUGGGAAGAUAUCACAAAAUUUCCUUGGGCUGGGGAAAUCACUUCUGGAGGCUUAUGA